GUCAAAAUGUCGCUGUUCGUGAUUGUCAAGCUAUUUUCUCAUCGUAAUGUGCCGUUCUGGCGCAUAGUAUGUAUGAAACAGUGUGCUUUGUCGUGUGCGUUCUAUUUUAUUUUAGACAACACUUGACGGCUGGUCACAAAAACUUCAUGACUCUAAUUUCAACUUUCGUAUACCAUUGCUUCGGUUUUUGGUAAACAACACGUACUACACAAAACGAAAAUCCAAGCUAGAAAAUGAAAAAUUACAUCGCGAAGCAGUGAAAAUUGUUGGUUGCAUCACGGGACUUGUAAAGUUUUUUUUAUUUUGUCACCGAUGGAAGAGAAGAUGGAGAGUGAACAAAGUAUAAGUGGGGCCAGUAGUAGCUCUUCUGAUACUUCUAGCGGGAGUUCAGAUGGAGAUGAAGAGUUGUUGGAAUCAGUUCGUAUCCUGGGUCAGACUCUAGAAUUACCACAGGAGCUAUGCGAGGACUACACAGUUUUCAAAGAAUUCUUUUCAAUGAAGACAUGGGAGGCUUUGGAAGAUGAGCAUAAACAACAUUUAAUGCAGUAUUUGCCAAAAUUUUCUGAAAACGAUGAAGAAGAAAAGGAGAAAACCAUAAAAAUGCUUUUUAAUCAUGAACCAUUUCAUUUUACAUCACCUUUUACUGACUUUUAUAACAAUUUAAAGCAGGGAAACUAUAGGCCUGAUAUUGCAAAAAUGAGAAAGUUUUUAAAGAAAGCAAGAACUAAACAACAAAAACAUAAGAUCAAAUCUUAUUAUGCCAAGUUGUUGCCAGAAGUGUUGUUAUCACGUGAGCGUUUAUUAGCAGCAGCUAAGGCUGCACCACCAGGUCCUGUACCUCGUCUGCCUCUUUUACCUUCAAAGCCUUCAUCCAAAAGUAAUUACAAACCUUUGUAUUUAAGAGCUAGACAAAGGUAUUUUGAAGAGUUAGCAGCAAUUCGUAGUGAGGUGGGUGGUGAAGAAUCAGAUGAUGAGAACUAUCCAGAUGGACCCCCUGAGCAAACUACUAAAAAGAGAAAGCAAAUUAGUGGACAGACUAGCGACAGUAAUGUGUCUGGAACUCUUGGUGCAUCAGACUCAGCACAACCAACAUCAUUAGACUGUUUAAAGAAUAUUCUUGCUGCUCAUCAUAUGCGUAGAACACAUAGAGAGAAUCAUCCUGAACUCAAUACUGCUGGAAUAACAUUAGAAGAUAUAAAGCAAAGAGUAGCUUUAGUUAAUGGUGCUAAGAAAAUAAUGUUUGGUGGUCAAAAAACAGAGACACCAAUACAGAAAUUAAGAAGAGCAUCUAAAAAGGAUAAAGUCAAGCAAGACUUUAAAUCAGUAAAGAGAAACAAGGAAGAACAGCAAGAUAAUGUGGAAAAUAGACCUCUGUUACCAAAUAUUAAAAUUAAAUGUGAACAGGAAGAAUCUGAUUCUGAAAGUUCCUCAUUUGUGGAUCCAGUGACAAGUCCUAAACAAUCAAACAAGUCUGUAGAAAAUAUAGAUAUUAAGCAAGAAAUAGAUCUCAAAUAUUCUAAUAUUACAAAUAUUAACUACAAUGAAAGUAACUUAGAGAAUAAGGUAAAACAAGAAUCACAAGAUUCUAUAUUGCCAGUUCAUAGUUCAAAAAUAAAUCAGGCAGUUCCAAUAAAACUUGAGGAUCUGGAUGGUAUUGAUAUGAUGGCCCUACCAGUGGAAAUAGCAGAUGAUUCUGGUGAAGUCAUACCUGUAGAUUCUACUGGCGGGGAAACAGAGGAGCCUCUUAUGGAUACUGAUGAGUCAUUAACGGAGAUAACACAUGCCAACUUCCUCUCUUUAGUGCGCGCGUUAUUUCCCGCUAGGGCGGCACACCGCGCAUCUAAACAGCAGUUACAUGCAAGAUGCGCGGCUGUUAUGCGGUCGCCUAUUGCACCCUUAAAUACAUGGUAUAGUUUGUCCGAUGAUUGGUGUGCCGAAUUAGAUUCAGCUUUGGAUUUCCUUGCUGGAGAAAGAGGGCCACAUCCUGAUGAUUUUGUGCCAUAUUUGCAGUUUAUGCCAGAAACACAAAUGUACCAGUGGAUAGGUGCAGGGCGUGAUUGUGACGCGAUAUUGGGGCGGUUAUGCGAGCGAUGGCUGCGAACCGCUCCGCCGCCACCAUCCUCCGCCUCGCCUGCUGUCUCAGCUCCGCCGACCACUACCGCGCCCGUUUCUGCUUCGGCUACCGCUGAUCCCCCGCCGCCUAGAUAUCCUACAUCAUGGGUAGUGCGUCCCCCGACGAAUGCGGAGAUUGCAGAAUUUAGGGCACAAGAACGACGAAGAUUUGCAUCGGCUGCAAAACCAUUUACAUAUGUACAACACGGGUAUAAGAGCGUGGUGGGCCCCGUGUGCCGCUCGUGGGGCUGGGAGGGCGGCGGCGGCGGCGGCGGUGGCGGCGGCGGUGGCGGCGGUGGCGUGGUGGCGGCGGGCGAGCGGCCGCGGGGCGUGUCGCUGGCGGCGCUGCUGCGCGACGCGGCCGCGCGGCUUCCCAACGGCGAGGGCACGCGACACCACCUGCUCACCCUGCUCAGAAUGUCGCAGUGGAUUACGCCAUGUAGUGAUCAGGCUCUACUGAGCGCGGUGUCGCCUAUAUUGGACAGACUGCAAUCCGUCAAACGUGAUCCAAUUGUUAAAUACGACCAAAGAACGGGUAUUUGGACAUACUUAUACAGGCAUAGGAGUGAAGAGGAUUGGCUGAAGUUGGGAAGCGGGCGCGGCCGGCGCGGCGCGCCCAAGGAAGCGCGGCCAGCUCGAGGCUCGCGGUCCGAGCGGCCCGCCGCCGCCGCCUCCGCUUCCGCUCGCGCUCGGACCAUACCGCAACUAGCCGAUAUAGACAUAGACCCGGCGGAAGAUGUAGCUGAAAAUGCGUCCGACAGCGACGUAGAUGUGGAGGACUCGGGUGCUUCGCCAGCUCACCAGCUGUCUUCCGCGCAACUUCUUAUGCAGGCGCAGGCUUCUCAGGCGAAGCAGCCUCUGCCACCCAAAGCGAAGGGAAAACUAGUCGCCACACCCCCCAAAGCGAAGUUGACUCUCACAGCAAAACAGACUCCCAAACAGAGUAAUUUGAUGUCGCAAUCCGUUAAGCAAGCGACUCUCCUAAGUCAAGUGAAACAAGCUAGUUUAGUUCAAUCUAAGCAAGCAGGUACUUCUCAGUCUGUCAGGCUAACACCUGCUUUGUCAGCACAAUCGAAACAGUCCGCAUUGAUCGCAUCAACGCCAAAGCAAACUAGUUUAAUGGCUCAGUCUGUGAAGCAAGCUAGUUUGAUGGCUCAAGCGACAAAGGGUCAUGUCGCUCAAACGUUGAAACAAAAUGUGGUAAAAUCAGCAUCUGUUGCCCAGUCGAAGCAAGUGAAUGUGGCGAAACAAGCAGGACAGUCACCAAAAAGUACGUUUGGAGGUCAAGUUGUGAAGCCGGGCAUUGUUCAAUUGCCUGUGAAGCAGGCUGUAGUAGUGCAAUCCACUCAGACAAAUACGCAACCCGCUUCUACUGUGACCAAGACUAUACUGCCAGUUAUAUCCACGCCACAAAAGUCGCCACUGCUUAAACAACGGCCAUUGCAAAAGACAGAGGUGACACAAUCACCGAUACCUGCGACUAGCGUUAGUCAACAAACGACAGCGCCAGUUGUGUUACAACCUACUAUACCUGUGUCUGUACUACAAACUCAAAAUAAGACUGCACCAGUCACACGUUCUUUGUUAAUUAGACCACCGGGUGUGCAAUCCACUGUUACUGCCACUAUUACUACUUCUACAACACAGAGUGCAGCAUGUAGGCGCGGUGUGGUACGCGUGCUGAGCCCGGCCACAUCGGCAGGGAAGUCGCUCAUAUCACCCCGGGCGCUCAUGCAGCAAGGCACUACAACAGCUAACAAGAAACGUACGACGAUACCAAGUACCGCUUCUGUUACAACAAUAGCCCAGAGCACAACAAGUACAACUAAUGUAGUAAGCAGUGUGCCUACUGUGGUGACUUCUUCUGUCACAACGCGGACAGUGCAAUUAGCGGGUGGGCGGACAGUACAGCUGGCUUCCAACCAAACUGUCCACCUUCCAGGUGGUCAAUCAGUCCAACUAAGUGCUGGACAUACUCUUCAAUUAUCUUCUUUACAACUGCCUACACAUAGUGUUCGUCUCCCGAGUGGACAAACUGUACAAUUAGCAUCACCUCCAACAGUACAAACAGUACGAGCUAUAUCCACGACGAGUAAGAGCCAAAGCCCUCGUGUCCAACAAACCUCCUUACCUGUUAAGAAUAUUCAAACCAGCCAGUCUACUGUCCAAAUACCUGUUUCUACAGUUCAGUUGGCCGGCCAAACUGUACAGAUUGCAGGGCAAACUGUUCAACUAGCCGGUCAAAGUGUUCAGUUAACUGGUCACACAGUGAAAUUACCUAGUGGACAAACUGUUCAAGUGGCUAGCCAAGGUGUAUUACCAUCACAAAGUGUUCAAUUACCCAGUGGCCAAACAGUGCAAUUAGCAAGUGGUAAUGUACAGACUGUUCAGUUAGGUUCAAAUGUGCAAUUAUCAAGUGGUCAAAGUGUUCAAACGUCGAAUGCACAAAGUGUGCAAUUAGGGUCUCAAACUGUGCAAUUGUCUAGUCAGACUGUGCAAUUGGCUGGCGGGCAAACAGUUCAGUUGCCAAGUGGGCAGACUCUGCAGUUAUCGAGUGGCCAAACUGUUCAAUUGUCCAGUGGACAAACUUUACAAUUAGCUAGUGGUCAAACAGUGCAACUAGCUAAUCAACAGACUACGAAACCAAUAGCCCAAGUUGUUAGAAGUCAAACAUCAACUGAGAAGCCAGCGCAACCUAUCGUUGCCAAAUUGUUAACUAAUGCUCAGGGUCAGAUGAUCUCGCUGGAGGGCGUGGUGGGGCCGCGCUUACAGCAGCUGCAGCAGCUGCAACAGCUGCAGCAGUUGGCUGCGGGCGGGCGAGCUCGCGGCGCCGUGCGGGUGCUGUCGCCGGCGCGGCCGCUGCUGCUCGCUCAUAAGCCAUUGCACAACAUUAUAUUGCAGCAAAGCGAUGGCAGCGCUAUACGGGUGACAUCUAGUGGUGGUGCCACUACUUCACAAACUAUAGUAUUAAGUAAUAUCGCAGGAGCACAAGCUGUCACAACUUCCACCACAACUACACCAGUUCUAAAAUUACAACAGGUGAAUCCCAUACAACAGGUUAAACUCGCGCAGGGAAUUAAAAUACAGGGGGCGAGUUCGACUGUACCCACAUCCACCGUCCGCAGUGUAUUAAUGGAUGGCCAGCAGUUGAAGCUUGUUGGCGGUCGCCACGUGCUCGCUAGAAUACUGCGGCCCGCUCAUCCGCCACACUGAAGAUAACACUUUAUUUAUAAAGGUUUUUUUUUUAACUAUGUCUGCAAAGGCAUUUUGAUACUCGACUGUUUUGCAAAGUUAAUAUUUUGCAAAGUCGCCUCUGUAUUUAAAUGAAAAUGUAUGUAUUUGUUGGUAUUUCGUUGUCUGUAAAGUUUAUUACACUAUCACAUAUAUAGUAUCUAUAAUAAUUUUACUGACCCAAUACUUCAAUGAUAGUAAAAUGUUUUGAUGUGUAUAAGUAUUUUAGGAAUCACUUAUCAUCUCCACCCUGUAUUUAUGACUCAUAAAUAUACGUAAUAAUUCUCCUACUUGAGUCAUAAAUUGUAAGGUCCCAUAUAUUUUAUAGUGUAAUAAGUUCUUAUGACAGCAUGAGAUAUAGGAUUCGAUACUCAUUAUUUUGCGACGGUAUCGGUGAUGUAUUUAAAUGUGAACACUUGUUCAAUAAAAGAAGAUAUUAAUUUUGUUGGCAUUUUGUUAUAUCUGUCUCCGGGGCAGAUGAACUGUAUUUGUACAAAGUAUUCUGCAAUGCAGAAGUAGUGAUGCAUAAAGAAAAAAAUAACUUAUCAAUUCAGCUUAUUUAUAUAGUAUACGUUGUAGGUAAUUACAUAAUUACAGUAUAGUCAUGUGUAGUAAUGUGUUGCUUCUGUAUUUUGUUGCAUUAUAUAUAUUUAUAGUUUGUAUUGUUUUAAAAAUUUGAACUGUCACUGAAUAAUGUCAUGGUAACAAAGUAUGUACUAGUAUUUUUUUUUUCCUUUACACAUCACAGUAAUGGAAAAUUUAUAUGCUGAUGCAAUUGUACAGUUAACGUUAUUAUUAUUUUGUUGAAAAUUUCAUAAGGUUUUAAACUCAUAAAUUUAGGAAAAAAUAAAUCCACCAACAGUCGCACUUUAUUUAAAACUAUCAUUAAUUAAAAUAAAAAAGUAUUUAUCCUAAGACGAGGCAUGAAUGUAGUGGAUUUUUUUUAUAGAAUAUAUAAAAUAUUCAUAACUAUAAUAUACAUAAUAUGUACCUCGAAUAAUUUUCGUCUUAAACCCCUUCACAUAUCUCCGUGUACUAAUAUACACAUUACACAGUAAAUUUUUAUAAAAAUUGCAAGAACUUCGGCAUGUUAGUGCUAUCUGAGUUUGUAUUUAUAAAAGUCGGGGUAUAAAAAUACUAAUUUCUAAAACUAGCAUAGACUAGAAAAAAUAUUAGUGUAAGUUUUAUAACUCUUGUGUAUAUUUUGCAAUAAUGUUUAUGUACAUAUAUGCGGUACUCAAUUAGUAUUAGCAGCAUUAUUGUAUAUAAAGCAUUUUUUAACAGUCAUUUGUAUUUGGACAUGUCUCAUUGAGAGAUAGCCCUAAUUCACUAAAACAUAAUAUAAAUAAAUAAGUUGGGUGGUUAUUACGAAAUCGAUAAUCAUAACGUGUGAGUAGAAAAUGUAUUAUGCAAUAGGCGUUGUACUGAAAUUCGAUGUACAUUGACAACAAAAUAAGAAUUUGAUUUAAAAAAAAAAGAGUAUUUUUAUUGAAAUUGAAGAAUCUUUUUUUUUUAUUUAUGAGAGUGCAUUUUUUAGUACUGGCAACAUGGACGUGAUGUUUUAUUCAAUUCAUGCAAAUAAUUUAAAAUGUUUGUUAAAAUGACUCUUUGAGGCGUUGAAAUGGUGAUCAGUUUACAAAUUUGUUAUUAUACUAUACAUAAUUACACAUUGUCUUUAUUUCCUUUUUAAUAAAAGUAGUAUAAAUGGUUCCUCAAGAUUUCAACAAAAUAAAUUCAAUUAAAAAAGUUGCACAAAAAUACUGUUAAAAUGAGAACUACUACUUUUUUUUAGCAUUAAUUUCAAUUGUCUCAAAAAAGGAAAAUAUUCUUAAAAGAAUAUAUUAUUUUUUGUAACAGAUUCGACAUUUUAUUUGACUUUAUUUUCAGGAUUUUUUUAUAUCGUGCGAUUUUUUAAACCCUUAUCACAUUUGUCAAGAUUGAAGUCGAUUGUGGGACCAAAUUUUGAAAUACUGAAUAAUAAGCUCCUAUUAUUCUUAAAAGAAAAUUGAGAGAUUUGAGAUUAUUUAAAAGCUAAUUAAAUACUUUUUAAAUUUUCAAUUAUAUUUUUACCAUCAAAUAUUGUUUUGGUGUUAUAAUCACGAGAAUUUUGACUUAUUACGAUUUAAUAUACUACAGAACCACAAUUGUUUUUUAAAUUUAACAGAUUGUAUUAGCGACAAACGUCACUAGUCUACAGGUGCGCUCUUUUAGAAUUGUUUAUUGACAUAAAAUUCUGAGAGGGGCUGGAAGGGGCAUUAAUUAUAAUACUGAAUUUUUGUAUCUAGAUAUUCAUGUGUAUGACACAGACAUUGUAACGUGAAACAAUUAUUAUUUUUAAAUUUAUGUUAGAUGCAAUAAAUCAAAGGAAAAAAUAAUUAUUGACAUAUUAUGUUCUGUUCAAUGUUUAAUUGUAUAUAAUUGUUACAUAGGUCUGAUGAACACUGAAAUAUACCUAAGUCAAUUGAUAUAA